AUGGCAAUUGACUCGUUGACAAUGACAAAGCAGUGCAACGGGUGCCUCAAGGGCAUUGAUGCUGGGGGCGAGCACUCGGCUGGGAUGACUAACAAUAGCUUCUACCGUAUCGAUCUACAUACACAUGUCAUGCCACGGACUUUGCCACAGCUGUCUGACUCUGAGCAAAAUGGAAUACCAUCGGAGUCAUGGAUUGAACUAAAGCCGUCGAUCGUGGAUGGAGAGUCCGUUGAUAUCUAUGUCGAUUCCAAACAUUUCCGAACCGUCCAAGACAAUUGUUUUGACCCGGAAGUACGCUUAAGGGAUAUGGACCGGUCUGGCGUCCAUGUCCAGGUAUUGAGUACAGUUCCGGUCCUGUUCUUCUACGACAAGCCAGGCAAAAUGGUCGCCCAGUUGGCCCGAGCACUCAAUGAUCACCUGUCACAGGUGUGCACAGAAUACCCGACCAGAUUUGUUGGUCUUGCGACGGUUCCACUGCAAGAUGUGCAAGCAUCUGUUGAAGAGCUGAAGAGAGCAAAAUAUACCCUCGGACUAAAGGGCGUCGAAAUUGGAACUACGAUCGGUGAAAUGAACCUUGACGAUUCUAGGUUGGACCCAUUUUGGGCUGCCUGCCAAGAGUUAGAUAUGCCAGUUUUUGUCCAUCCACUGGGAUACUCACUGCUCAGAGAGAAUGAACAUCGAUGGGGUCAAUAUUGGUCUUCAUGGCUGAUUGGAAUGCCCUGUGAGACAGCCCUAUCGAUGCUGGCCUUGACAUCCUCCGGGCUCCUACUGCGAUACCCACGGUUGCGUUUUUGCUUUGCUCACGCGGGAGGGGCGUUCCCAACUCUGAUGGGAAGAAUUGAACACGGAUACAAUUGCAGGCCAGACUUGGUCGCUUCAAGAGCGGGUGGCCGAAGUCCUUCAGAUCACCUUAGCUCAGGCGACAAUCUCUGGAUAGACAGCCUGGUCCAUGACCCAGAUCUCCUUGCAUACCUCUGCAAGAAGAUAAGAGUGGAUCGAAUUCUCAUGGGAAGCGACUAUCCUUUCCCCCUUGGCGAAGUUCCUGAAGCAGGCAAGAUGUUGACAUCCAACGGAACACUCUCUGAGUUUCUGUCAAUGGAACAACGUGCAAUGAUGCUAGCUGGAAAUGCCAUCGACUUUCUGAAGUUGGAUGAAAGAUUCCAGAAUGCAUAUAAAGAUAGCUUGAGAGACGUGUUAAAGAGAAGUUAUGGCAAUAUAACUAACUAA